AUGUCCCUGCAGCGAAAUAAAACGUCUUCUUUGCGGUUGAUUACCGUUGCUUCUGUCAUUCUGGGUACUGCAGACUUGCUUCUCUUCCAUCAACUGUCCUCGGGAGCAUCGUUUACCAAAUUCGUAGUCGUAUUGAUUAUCCUGAACUUUCUAAUAUGGAUCCUCUGGGCAGGCUUCAUCUAUCCUCAUUUCUUUAGUCCUCUGCGACACCUACCUCAGCCAAAGGUAUGUUUGAAAACCAAAUUCAGAACAAUCCACGAGGCCUAAUUCGGAUCUUAGGGAGGAUGGCCAAUCAUCAGAUUUGGUGGUGCAGGAUUCCAAAGACCAGCCGGCCAACGAUUCCUGGAAUUCAUCGAAAGAAUACCCAACGAGGGAAUCAUUCGCGUACCGGGAUUCUUCAAUUCCGAAGCUAUCCUUCUAGCCAAUUCCGAAGCCCUCGCCGAAGUCUUAGUCCGCAAAAGCUACGACUACGAGAAACCAGGUGAAGUUCGUAACUUUCUUCGACAAAUUCUGGGCGAUGGGUUGAUAUUGACCGAAGGGGAUGAACAUAAAUUCCAACGAAAACAUCUACUACCGGCAUUCAGCUUCCGGCAUAUAAAAGAGCUUGUUCCCGUUUUUUGGUCACGGUCAAUUGCUAUGCGGGAGCAGAUUAUUAAGGAGAUGCAGGAAACUGUGGAACCAGAUGGUCAAUCAGUUGUGGAACUUAAUCAUUGGGCUAACAAGGUUACGCUUGAUAUUAUUGGUGUUGCUGGACUUGGACGGGAUUUUAGGGCGCUAAGUAAUGCGGAUGAUCCGCUUGUCAAGAACUAUGAAGAACUCCUGGAACCGACUUCGGAAAAACUCGUUUAUUUUGUCUGUAAUCUGAUCUUUGGGCGCAAGUUGGUAUCUUGGAUGCCUUGGCGUCUCAAUGAACGACUGAUGGCAACUACGGGCACGUUGAGGGAGUUUUGUCUUGAGUUUUUGCAACAGAAAAAAGAGGUCAUGAAGAAGGGGAGUGUUGAACAGCUCGAUAUUUUAUCAUUGCUGAUCAAGUCGAACUGUUUCAGUGAUGAGACCUUGAUAGAUCAGCUGUUGACAUUCAUUGCAGCCGGGUAUGUCUUGCUUGCCUGUAUUAUCUAAGAUAAUAACUAACUCCAAUCAGACACGAAACUACGAGUUCAGCAUUCGCGUGGGCAGCCUACCUCCUCGCCAAAAACCCCGAAAUACAAACCCGCCUUCGCGAAGAAGUCCGGUCCAACCUCCCUCAUACUUCCUCCCAAGACCCAACAUAUGAUCUCGCCACAAUCCUCGACUCGCUACCCCUUCUCCAUGGUGUAACCCAAGAAGUCCUCCGUCUCUACCCCUCCGUCCCCUCUACAAUUCGUACCACAAUCCGAGAAACCUAUAUUUCAAAUCAAGUGAUCCCACUCGGAACACGUAUUCAAAUCGUGCCCUGGGCAAUCAAUCGUUCAACCACCCUCUGGGGCGCAGAUGCGCUUGUAUUCAAUCCGGAACGAUGGAUUGAUAAGGAUGGAACAAUUAACAACCAUGGCGGUAUGAUGGGAAAUAAUUACUGCAAUCUCACGUUUCUGCAUGGAAGCAGGAGUUGCAUUGGCGAGAAGUUUGCGAAGAGUGAAUUGAAAGCUCUUGUAGCUGUCUUCGUAGGUGGCUUUGAAUGGGAAAUGGCUGAUAAGUCGGAGGUUGCUGUUCCAGCUGGGGUUAUUACUACGAAGCCUAAGAAUGGUAUGAAACUAAGAUUGAAAGAAUUAGAUGUUUGGUGA